UUUUCACGUUUCACGCUUUGUGUCGAGAAACGUGUCACGUGUUGGGAGGAAACUUGGCUCUUCGGCCUCUCACUUACAACUUGAGGCAAACGGAAGAUCUGCACGUGGAGAUGUUUACCUCAGAUUAAAUCAAAGCGAGCAAAAUUGACCAAUGCUUUAUUUGGGAGUGGACACGCUGUGAGGCAGGCUCUAGACAGCCAGCCAGGCUUCGCACAUGAAUACAAAGCGACUUCAACGCAUAAAAGACCAUCUUCUGGCAGAAAACCAGUGUUCAGACAUGGCCACACCUCAGGGGAGCCCCCUCACCACUCAUGUGUUGAAUACAGGUGAAGGGGUCCCAGGGGCCCGAAUGGCCCUCAGCUUACACCGACUGGAUUCACACCUGGCAGUCUGGAACCUACUCACCACAGGGACCACUAAUGAUGACGGCCGCUGUCCAGACCUUAUCACCAGAGAAGCUUUCACUCCCGGGAUGUACAAGAUGCGAUUUGAAACUGGGCAGUAUUUUGAAGGCCUGGGUCAGUCGUGCUUCUACCCAUAUGUGGAGAUUGUCUUCACCAUAACCGAUCCGACUCAGAAGUUUCAUCUUCCCCUGCUCCUCAGCCGGUUCUCCUACAGUACGUACAGGGGGAGCUAGAAGCAGACGUCUUUCACAGCUGCACCCCGUGAACCCAUGAACUGGACUUUGGAGUCUCUGAUCUUCAUUUUACAUGUGCCACUCACUAUUUGCCACCUCUCCACUUCUUAAUGUAGUGCUAAUCUACUCUGGGUCCAGUUCAGACUCAGAAGAUUUUCACACCAGCAUUUUUAAAAUUAUUAUUUUGCUAAAUUGAAGUUACGCUUGAUUUCUUAGCACAUAUUCAUGUGGGUAUCUAUGAUAUUGGGAGGUGCUUCCUUUGCACGUAUUGGAAUAUGUACGUUUUCUCAGGUUGAGCACCUGCCCAUGAGUGAUCUCAAAUACUGGUACUACGAUUCCACUUGCUCUGCAUUCCUAGUAUCGCCUACUCCUCAAAACGCUGAUGACGCUAAUUAUGGAAACCAAAUUAAAUUAAAGUGCUCAUGAAAUCAAGAGGCUUCAGUGCAAUUCAUGGGGAAAUAUAACCAUAGUUGCCACCAUAAAGUAGUGAAAAUACUGUUUAUUUUCAGUCCAUAUUUAGUUUCUAAUUGAAAGUGCAUUCUAGCACUCUGUGUAGAAGACUUGUGAGUUGAAACGAAGGGCAAAUUGAUAAAUAUUUAAAUAAUGGUGCUGCAUAAAGGCGCACAUAAAAAAGGAUGUUUGUUUUCCUCCACAUUUUGAAUUCACAAAUGAGUGGAAAAGGCCUCAAAUUAUCGUUGGUGAGUUUUAAUCUGGAAACCAUACUAGCUGCUCGUUUAGACCUCUAUCUCAGCAGCUUGCUCUGAUUAUUACAGCUAAAAUAAAAUUCAGAUUUGUA